AGUCUGGCAACUACAGCCAAUUGUCAUCACUAGAAUUAAAAACACAGGCAGCAGCAGUUUAGUUUAGCUCGCUAAGCGCCUUAAUCUUUAAUCAAAAUAAGUUAUCCACCUACUUUAAGCUUGGAGCGCCGCGAAACAAAGCCAAUACACUAAUGUCCAUAACCGUAAGUCGUUCUUGCAACCGCCGGCUGUGGUAUUUCCUGAUCGGCCUCUGGGAGUCGUCAACGUUGUUGUUUUUGGCUGGCUCUGCCGACGCAGACGCCCCCACGUAGCUCGGCGAAAUGACUUGAAGCUUGGAAACUAAGUGCAGAAUGCAAAAUGCAAAAUGCAAUAUCCACAGGCUUGCAAUUAUCUUGAAAUCUAUUUAAAUCGCAUUUGCUUGGAGCAUAUGUGCCAUUGUGUUGGUGUGCGUGAGGUGCCGCUGAAACCUGAGCCUCCGCGCCAGUAUGCGUGUGAUUGUGGUUGUGUGUGUGAGUGUGAGUGCGAGUUGUGAUUUUUUUUUUUUCUUCACUAUUUUUUGUUGUUUCUGUUGUAUUUUUUUGCAUACGACGAUUCGAGUUGAAAGAAUUAUUCAAAGCCAGCACCGACGACGAGUCAACAAGGUCAGGCGCCUUAUUUGGACGGUUGCUUCGCUUCCAAUGCGGGCUCACCAAAGCUCAUAAUAAUUUUAUUACAUUUUCCAAUCGGCAUUUUUGUUGGCCCACGUCCCGCCUUAAAGAUUGGAAAUGAAAAUGGGAGCGAGCAGUGGACAGUGCGUUUAAAUUUGGUGACAACUGUUCGGGGUAGUGUGUGCUUUAUAAUUAGCGCACUUCGGUCGUUGGCAUUGCUAUCUUUUAUUAUUCGGCUUGUUGGCUUUUUGUCGCCUGUUUGUGAGGCUCACUUUCCAUUUUUACCUGCCAGGCGCUCUCUAUUUAAGUGGCUGAGCUAUACGUGUGUGUGUGUGUGGGUUAGUGACGCAGUCGAAGUCAAGUCACUUCCGUUCUAUUGUUCCCAGCCAGUGAUGAGGAGUCAUCCUCCAGAGUCUUCCUCUUCUUAUUGGAAGUUACAUUUUUAAUAAAAAGCCAGAAAGUAUCUAGAUAGCCAACUGAUCAUCACUGGUUCCCACUUGCCCACAAACACAAACACCUUCAAACAGAAACCGAGAAACUUACGCACUCGAACGCUUUAAUUGGAACUAAUCUUUGUUUCGUUUUUGGUUACAAUGACAACAACCUGUUCCCCGAUCGAUCAGUUACUGCGAGGUGGCAAGCAAAAGACAACCACUUGCGUAGGAAUGACCGUAAUGGCCAAGACUACGAUAGAAGAAAUAUGCGAGAAUGCCAAAUUAGCGAGGGACAUGGCUCUGACGGGGAACUAUGACUCGGCCUGCAUCUAUUAUGAGGGUCUUCAGGGUCUCCUGGCACGCCAGCUCAAGGCCACAGCGGAUCCGUUGCGAAAGGGCAAGUGGAACAUGAUCAAUCAACAAAUCAGCCAAGAGCAUGCCAAGGUGAAGGCCAUCCAGCGCACCCUGCAGGACAUAUCGCUGGACUUGCAAACCACCAAAUUCGCCCACAAACUGCGAAGCCAACUGAACGAGGAGAGUUCCGCGAAUAGUGAUCCCUCCGCCUGGUUUAAACCCGAUCCGGAUAUAUGGACGCCGCCUCCAAAGGAUCCCGAUGUCUGGGGACCACCGAAACCGCCACCCACCACACAGACUGUCGGUCGCAGGGCCGCCCCGAACAACCGCCGGGGGACAACCGGCGCACAGAGCAGCCGACCCAACAGCACAAUACCACAGAGCACAUCCCGGAAUGGUACCGGAACCACUGCUCGAAAUGCGCGACAAAGUACAUCGGCGGCGUCGAACAAUGGAGCUCGUCCCAUCAACGGCCGAGCCGGAGGCCGCAAACUGUCCACAUCCAACAACAAUAAUGAGCCAAAGGAUGAGGACUCUGGUGCUGCUAGCAGCAAUGGAGCGGGCGGAGGCGGCGAGGGCGAGGACCAGCAGGCUUCCCAGGAGGAAGAGAAAAAGUUCCAGCCCAAUAACCACAUCGAAGCGGAGCUAGUGGACAUACUCGAACGUGAUAUUCUUCAAAAGGAUCCUAAAGUGCGCUGGAGCGACAUAGCCGACCUGCACGAUGCCAAGCGGCUGCUUGAGGAAGCGGUCGUUCUGCCCAUGCUCAUGCCGGACUACUUCAAGGGCAUCCGGCGACCCUGGAAGGGUGUACUGAUGGUGGGACCCCCCGGCACCGGCAAAACAAUGCUGGCCAAGGCAGUGGCCACGGAAUGUGGCACCACCUUCUUCAACGUCAGCUCCGCCACUCUGACAUCCAAGUACCGCGGCGAGUCGGAGAAAAUGGUACGCCUUCUGUUCGAAAUGGCGCGAUUCUAUGCGCCCAGCACCAUCUUCAUCGACGAGAUAGACUCGCUGUGCUCGCGACGAGGAUCGGAGUCGGAACACGAAGCCUCGCGACGCGUCAAGUCCGAGCUGCUGGUACAAAUGGACGGCGUGGGCGGCGGCGAGGAGCAGGCCAAGGUGGUGAUGGUGCUGGCCGCCACAAACUUUCCUUGGGACAUCGACGAAGCGUUGCGGCGUCGCCUGGAGAAGCGCAUAUACAUCCCACUGCCGUCCGACGAGGGGCGCGAGGCGCUCCUCAAGAUCAAUCUGCGGGAGGUGAAGGUGGACGAGAGUGUGGAUCUCACGUAUGUGGCCAACGAGCUAAAGGGCUACUCGGGAGCGGACAUCACCAACGUUUGUAGGGAGGCUAGCAUGAUGUCCAUGAGGCGAAAGAUCGCCGGCCUCACCCCAGAACAAAUCCGACAGCUGGCCACCGAGGAGGUGGACUUGCCCGUAUCGAACAAGGACUUUAACGAGGCCAUGAGUCGCUGUAAUAAGAGCGUGUCCCGGGCGGAUCUCGACAAGUACGAGAAGUGGAUGAAGGAGUUCGGCUCGUCAUGAUGGCACUGCCAUCGGAUAUAUGGCUAGAUAGCAAUUGUUGGAAUAUAUAUUUUUGAAUGCCCUUAAAUUCCGUGCUUAAGACCUUAAGCUUUUAAAGUGAGAACCGAGCCGAACCGAACCGACCCUAUCCGAUCAGCCAGCCGGUUGGAGAAAUUGAACAUAUUUUAUAUAAAACAUUUUGCAUAUACAUAGAUACGAUAAACGAUACAAUCUAUAUAUAUAUUUACAUUGUACACCGUGAAGCGGUCGCCGUGGAAUUAUAAAAGACUAACCGUUCUCUAAGAGGAAACUUAAAACCACAGAAGCAAAACAGAAAUUGAAUCGAAAUCUAUGAUAAAGUCAAGGUCGUGAGAUAGGCACUAUGUUUAUAUAUAUAUAUAUACACACACCCACACACUCCAUUAUGCACAAUCCUUCCAACUAAUCCAGUUAACCAGUAAUCGCGCACUCUUCACAAGCAACAAGGAUUGAGGAGCUGCCCCAGCCUUACCAGGAUCCAGGAUUCAACCAGGAUAGCUACAAUCCAUAUAAUUUAACUCUUUUUUUUUAUAUCGAAAAUUUUAUUUUUUACAAGCAAUGUUCACUGUCUAAUAUUAAUGUUAAUUUUCGCUUAAUUUAUACAUAUACAUAUUAUAGUUUAGUGCUGGCAGAGAAGUAGAGCAACUCAAAUGUUAAUUUUAAAUCCUAGCCAGAAUGUUCCAUCUGAUUUGCAAUUAACCCAUUCAUUGCCGACAGAACACGAACCCGAAGAGCAAUAUGUACUUAAACUGAAGAUUCUGAAAUUUUAAACAAUAAACGCAGUUUUUAACUUGA